AUGCCCACGGCCUGGAAGUCAACGUCAACAAUGUAUUCUGUCUCUCGUCAAUCGUUUCUUCUCUUCUCUCCAUUCGUCGCCCCUUUGUUGACUCCUGCUGUAGAUUACAAUAUGCUCACAGCACGAGAUACUGCUAGUAGGCGACAUUCAGACAACAGAAUACGCCCUCUUCCCUUCGCAUCGUUGCUAAGCCUGACUGUAUAUGAUGCAAUUCGAACCAGCGCCGUAUGGUCAACCUCGGAUCUGAUGUAUUCGACAUCAGCGAUCGAAGGUUCUCUUCGCAUUCUCAAUGCGUUAUACAUGAUUACAGUUUCAUCUUCGCCAACGACUAUAGGCUCCUUCGCAUUCCGUGACACACUAUCCCUCUGCACGAUUGGGGACGAUAUCAGCAUAUUACAGCGCUGUAACCUUCCAUGGACGCAAAUAAAGAGGUAUCAUAUACCCAUACAUACACAUUGUGAAAUGCAUGCUUCCAUGAACGACACCAUUCCCCCAGGUACAGAUGCCAGCACUGUGUUCCCGCCCGCUCUAGACCACCCUAAAGCCUGGGUUUGGAGGUCUCGGGAGCAGGCAACAAGUCGAUGUGAAAAGUAA